AGAACGCCAUUGAGCAUGCGCUGCCACUUAUGCCAGGCGGUCAGCGGAAUACCUAACAAAUCCAAGAUGGCGGACAAAGAAACAGAAAAUUAUUCCUUAAAGAAAAGGCCUCCUCAAAGAACUCCUAAGAAGAAAAAUGAUGUUUAUGUUAAUAGGAAAACGGACUUCAAAGCCCAACUUGAAAGAUGCCAAAAACUACUAGAUUCAAGUCAGCAAGAGGUCUGGAUUCAUGGGCUUGGAGCAGCCAUCAACAGGGCAGUCAACCUAGCUUUACAACUCAAAGACAAAGGAAUGGGGACAGUUGAAAUUUCAGCCAACACCUCUAGUGUGAACCUCAUUGAUGAUUUUGAGCCUCUGGAUGAUGAGCAUGAAAGUCAUUCUAAGAUCAGAACGAACUCAGYCAUUCACAUCAGAGUUUUCAAAGUUCCUCUUCAUCAAACAUCAGAAAGUGCUACAAGUACCAAGAAAGAGUGAUGUGAUCCUUGAAAUGAGUUGUCCUCCCG